CAUCAGCUCGGGGAACGACAACCCAUAAUCCGGCUGGCAUGCACGCUACAUUAGUAUGCACUAUGCAAAUUGACCCGUCGGUAUAAGUGUUGCGCCUAUCCGCAGAUGUCGUUGUAAACGACACUGCCAGAUACGUGAUAGUAAUAUGCCUUGCACCAUAUUCGGUUGUGGAGGGGCGUGCGCCAUUGCCGCAAAAGCAGCUAGCCAGCGCCGUCACAAAACCAGAAACGGGAACAAGGGAUCGACCCGCGGAGGUUUGGAUCUGGCGCUACCUCGUCGUGCUCAGGCACCCUUCUGCAGAGUCCCUUUUCGCCUUGAACAGCUGACUUAUGGAAUUGCAGUGGCGAUUCCAGAGGAGAGACAGAUACCACUCCUUAAUAAGAAGGACAUGUCGCAAUAAUCGCUCGCCGAAAUUGGGAUUGCCUGAUGGCACUGGCGAACAGUGGGCAACAUGCUGGUAGCGACAAAACAGCAUCCGACCGGCAUCGUGGAACU